AGGUCUCGUGUGCUUCCAGUAUGAACUUUCAUUCAUUUCUGUGGAUGUCUGUGACGCGAGAGGAAGGACUGCAUGGAGAAUUCAACAUUACUGACACAGUAAACUAAAAUCACUAUUCGACAGCCCUAUUUAUUCUAGACGAGCUGGUGAAUCUGGUCACUGAACAUCAGGAGCUUCAGAAGUCAACAUGCUGGAAAUUUACUUGGAAAGGAAAUGAAUUCUGUUAAUGAAACGUUUGACGAGACUAAUUUGUAUAACUAUAUUUUCGACAAUGAGACUUAUAAACUCCUGGCAUUCACCAUCGGAUCCAUCGGAGUCCUGGGCUUCUGUAAUAACAUAAUUGUCAUUAUUCUUUACUACAGAUUCAAAAGACUAAGAACACCAACGAAUUUAUUAAUACUGAAUAUAAGUGUCAGUGAUCUGCUGGUGUCUAUUACUGGGAUUAAUUUCACCUUCGUCUCGUGCGUAAAGAGAGGAUGGAUCUUUAAUUCAGCCACAUGUGUUUGGGAUGGAUUCAGCAACAGUUUAUUCGGUAUCGUGUCCAUCAUGACUCUCUCUGGCCUGGCUUAUGAGCGCUACAUCCGUGUGGUUCAUGCCAAGGUCGUUGACUUCCCCUGGGCCUGGAGGGCCAUCACACACAUCUGGCUGUACUCUCUGGCCUGGACUGGUGCUCCUCUCCUGGGGUGGAACCGCUACACGCUGGAAGUGCAUCAGUUAGGCUGCUCUCUCGACUGGGCUUCCAAAGAUCCCAAUGAUGCUUCCUUCAUUCUCUUCUUCCUGCUUGGAUGCUUCUUUGUCCCUGUGGGCAUCAUGGCCUACUGUUUUGGGAACAUCUUGUACACAGUAAGAAUGCUGCGCUCUAUUCAGGAUCUGCAGACUGUACAGACAAUUAAAAUUCUGCGGUAUGAGAAGAAAGUGGCGGUUAUGUUCCUGACGAUGAUCUCCUGUUUUCUGGUGUGCUGGACGCCCUAUGCUGUGGUCUCUAUGCUGGAGGCUUUUGGAAGGAAGAGUGUCGUCUCCCCCACAGUCGCCAUAAUUCCCUCUUUCUUUGCCAAAUCCAGCACUGCUUACAAUCCCGUCAUCUACGCCUUCAUGAGCCGAAAGUUUCGCAGGUGCAUGUUGCAGCUGCUGUGUUCCCACCUUCCCAGUCUACAGCUCAGCAUUAAGGACCGUCCCCUGGCACACAUCGAACAUCCUGUACGCCCCAUUGUAAUGUCACAGAGCCAAUCUGGCCGGCCCAAAAAGAGGGUGACCUUCAGCUCGUCCUCCAUCGUAUUCAUCAUCGCUACCAAUGACACUCAUCCUCUGGACAUUACCUCCAAAUGCAAUGGCGUACCAGAAAUCAAUGCCAUUCAAGUUAGGCCGCUUUGACCCUUCUUGUGACUCUUUCCAUGGUGAUGUUUAAGAAUAAAGUUGAAGUGCGCAAACAUCACGCCAAUUUGAGAUGCCUCUAAUAUGCCGAAGAUACAGCCAUGUCCCUUUUCUCUUCGCAUAGACUGUACAUUAAAAGUAUUUCUUUAUUGUUGCAGCAGUAAAGCAGCAUAAACUGACAUUUGUCUUUGUGUUCCAAAACAAGUGACUUUUCCACAACUUGUGUAAGUUGUAUUGAUUGACAAUGUAAUUUGUAACCAUUGUAGGUCCUUCAUGGAACCCACUUUAAGCUCUUAUUGAUCAAUUGUGUAAGUUCUGUCUUUUCUGACACUGAAACAUCAACCUUCACCCAAUUCAAUGUGACGAUGAGAUAUCCUACGGCUUAGAUUGCAAAGAGAGUGGACAGAAUACAUUAGUGAGUGUGCUCAGAAAGAUUAAGAACACUGUGUUAGUACAAGGACGCUCCUAGAGGACAGGACAUUUUUAAUGGAUGUAACAUCAUAUCUCUCAGGCUGGUCCACCACGACACUUCCCUUUCAACUUCCAUAUUAGUGCAGUGACUGUGAAAUGACGUCAAAUGGUAGAAAAAAUAACUCUGAGGUUUAAAGUAUGUCUAAAUGAAGAAAUAACCCACAUAACUGUCAUAUACAUAUCUACAUAUGAUUUUGCAUAGUGUAAUUUAACUCAGGACUGCUGGCACACAGCACAGCUGGGUUAUUUUUAAAGACAAACUCAAUAUAAAAAACUAAGUAAUAAAAACAUAAGCAGAGUUAAGAAACAGCUGUGUUCACAAAAUUUAACAAAACAUUUUGAUAAUAAAAUAUAAUUUAUCAUUUAUUUAUUUCAAAGACAUUAAUUUAAAAGAAGUUUGCUAUUUUUUAAAUGAUAAAACAAUAGAUAUACUAUUCAAAAUUAAGAUUAAUCUCCUGAGACCCCACGUCCACAUGCGUGGACAUUAUAUUUUGGCUUGGCUAUAGGCUAUGUAUAAUUUGAUUUUAUUUAAAUGGCAUGCUGUUAAACACAAUGACCACGUACGUGGACUAUAGGCCAAUUUUCCAUAAAAUAUCCUAUACUCACUGUGCAUUAUCACAUUGAGAAUCAAUGGAUGCAUUCAAAAGCUGGAAAAUGUUGCUUUCAGAGACUGUAUAUGGAGUUAGGAUGAAAAUAAGGUGCAUUUUGAACUGUUCUGAGGCCAGUACAGACAGACAGCACAAUGGAUAUUAAGUCAUUCUCUAAUUAGGGAGCAAGGGAGCAUCCGACUGUAUAGCUUUCCUAUGGAGCCAAGUGCAUUUACUCCUAACAUCCAGUCAAAAGUGUAGUUUCACACUGCAGAGGAUGUUUGGACCACUCAACAUGUUUAGCAGACAUGGCACAAUAGUGAUCAGUUCAUAGAUUCAGAAUUUUUCACGCAAACUUUUAUUUUAACAUGGUUGGCAGUGAUUGGAUGAUGCUGGCCAUUAAUUUGAAUCAGAAUUAUUUAUGUUAAUUUCUGAUGUAAUGUCUGUCACGUCUCAAAAACAUGAAUAACCAACACUCCAGGAAAAAUUUCACAACUUAGUCCCACUGUCCACAUAUGUGGACAUCAAUUUUCAGGAAAACUAUUUGGACUAAAACACACACACACACACACACACUCACAUACAUACAUAUAUAUAUAUAUAUAUAUAUAUAUAUAUAUAUAUAUAUAUAUAUAUAUAUAUAUAUAUAUUGCCAUGUUUCUUAGGGGCUACUAGUUACAAAUCAAAAAGGGGAAUGGAAAAUGCACAGCAGUCACGACUGGGUCUCAGGAGGUUAAAUAAAAUAUGUAGACACUUGUUGGUUGUCAAACGUUAGUGGAACAUUUUCAUGAACUACACUUGUUGUUACUCUGCUUGGACACCUGUGUGAACUUGAAGGGAACUGACUUCAUGUAUCCACUAAAAUGACCCAGUUUGUUGAAAGUACUUCCAAAAUAAAGGAAAAGUGAAGUUCUGAGAAAAGAUCUAACAUGCCAAUUGUUGUUUUGUGAUUUGAUGAAUUUCAUGUAUUUUUGUGUGUCCAAAAGCGUCUUUUUGGGAUCACUGUAUAUACAAAAAAUAAUAAUAAAGGCAUGCUGAGAAAUGCAUGGUUAAAAAUGCAAUUUCAAUAAGACUGACUGCCCAUUUGACUAGUUAAGGAUGGGAAAUGUUGCUUGAGAGAGGGCAUCUGUUAUCUCUUUCGUGGAUUAUGAGUUGCAGAGGAUUUGU